UAAAGGUGGAAGGAAGCAAGGACAUUUGGUCAAAUGUGAGAAUGGGUGGGAGAGAGAGGUUAAUAAAUGAAGAUGUCAUAGUGGAGUGCUCAGACAGAGUGACUGAGGGGAAAAAUUGUUAGUAUGCACAGACAGUACACAUUGGUGGGCUGUCUUCCCGCCAUUAAAACCACUCUGCUCUUUCCACCACACCACUCAUUUCACUCUCUCUCUUUCUUUCUCUCUCCCCCCUGCACCUGGAGGAUAGAUCGAGGAAAUCAAAUAUUAUAUUAAUUAACUAAUUCAUUUUUUUCUCUUCAUUCAUUUUCCUCUUCUAUAAAUAGCCAAUAUAAUAGAAAGCUGCUGUGGUGUUUCACUAGGGUUAACUUCUCAGUCCUCAUCAGUCAUCACCCCCCAAAAAAAUUGAGAGAAAAAAGAAAUAAACAUCAAUUCAAUUUCACAAAAGCAAGUACUCCAAGUAGCAAUCAAGCAUCACCAAAUUAAAGCCUCUUCAACUCAUAAAUAGAGUGAAUAUAUAAGUAGAAGUUAGGUGAGUUAGAGGGAAGGAAAAGAAGAGAAAUUGAAGGGAAAUUGGAGAGAAAUGGUUAGAGACAUGAUGGGAACAUACUCAUCAUCAGGAAAUUCAAGAAGAGGUUAUGGUGGUGGGGGAGAGGGAGACAUAGAAGACAUGAAUAUGAAUAUGAAUAUGAAUAUGAAUAUUGAUGAUGAGAAACCUGCAUGGCUAGAGAGGCUGAUGGCUGAGACAUUCUUUGGUGCUUGUGGGGUCCACCACAACCGCAGGAAGAACGAGAAGAACAUCUUUUGCUUACACUGUUGCCUCAGCAUCUGCCCUCACUGCCUCCCUUCUCACCGCUCUCACCCUCUCCUCCAGGUGCGAAGGUAUGUUUACCACGAUGUGAUUCGAUUGGAUGAUCUCGAAAAGCUUAUUGAUUGCUCAAAUAUUCAGCCGUAUACUAUUAACAGUGCGAAAGUGAUAUUCGUAAAUCAAAGGCCACAGUCAAGGUCAUGCAAAGGUAGCCCCAAUGCUUGCUUCACUUGUGACAGGAUUCUUCAGGACCCAUUUCAUUUCUGUUCUCUUUCAUGCAAGGUGGAUUACAUGGUGUCCGUGGGACAAAGCUUGGCCAGCAUUUUACAUCGAUUUGAUGAAUCUGACUUUACAAUUUCGCAGUUCGAGGGUCUUCGAGUCGAUGGCUCAGAGGUAAUUGAUGAAGAUACCCACUUUGCCCCUAGUUGCUCUUAUUCCAACAACGAAGCCACAAGCAAUUCGGUAAUUUCACGAGAACCCCACAAGAAGGCCAAGGCCAAUAGGUUCCUCCCUGGGAUCGUCCUCUCUCUUGGCAGCAGAAGAAAAGGUGCACCUCAUAGGGCCCCUCUCUCCUAAAAUGAGAAUCAACAUUAUCAUAAUCAUAAUUAAAAUAAUAAAAAAUGGUAAAUUUUAAUUAAUAAUAUAUUAUCAUCAAUUAGUAUAAAUUAAGUUGUUAUGGCCAAAUAAGAUUGAGUUUUAUUUAAUCUUUAUAUGUUUUUAAGGAUUUUAAUUAAGAGCUGUUAUAUUAUGGUAUGUGCAUGCACAGCUAUGAUCUUCCAUUGGUGAAACCACCAAUUUUGUAUGAGAUGCUAUAUAUGGGAAUUUGGCGUAUGUAAUUGUGUAUUAGAUAUGUUGUUGUAUGAAUAGAAAGUACAAUUUGUACCUUCUUUUUAAUUA